UUCCUGUCUAGUGGAGCAAACACAGGGUAACAGUAACACUGAUCCUUUGUGUCCAUCACCACAAACUAUCUUCACCCACUUUUAAGAAGCUAGAUCAGCGGAUUAUUCACUUUCUGUUUGAAGAAACUGAUCUGUGACAGGAAGCAGGUUGUUUCACACUGACGCCCAUGAAGGAACCAUCUCUGUAAGAUACGGCAUUUCAGUAUCUGAAAUGUUUCAGGCAGUGAGUGUACAGAUCCUCCUCCUGCUGCUGUUUGGAGGAUACGCCUUCUCCGAGGAAGAAUGUGUUAAAAUAUCAGUGACUUCAUGUGAUGCCUGUAUUAAGUCUGGGCCAGGCUGUGUCUGGUGCCAGGAUGUGAAUUUCACCAAACCUGGGGAGCUGGACACAGUACGAUGUGACACCCGGAGUGCGCUCCUUAAAAGAGGCUGCCCAGAAACAAAGUUGAUCAACCCGCCCAGCAGUAUGCAGUUUAUCAAAAACAAACCACUGUCUGAUGGACAAGCAAAAAAAGAUCUGGUCCAGGUCCAGCCACAAGAAAUCACACUUGAUCUCAGACCAGGAAAACCCUACAGUUUUGACCUUAAAUUUAAGAGGGCACAGGGCUACCCUGUUGAUCUGUACUACCUGAUGGAUUUGUCCUACUCCAUGAAUGAUGAUUUGAAGAAUGUGAAAACCCUUGGAAUACAGCUACUAAACAGACUUAAACAAAUUACUGGAUCUGCAAGAAUCGGCUUUGGGUCGUUUGUUGAUAAGACGCUGCUUCCAUUCACUGACACAAAUGAAGAAAAACUUAAGAAGCCCUGUCCACCUGAAGAAAGCGAAUGUGAGCCAGCAUUUGGGUAUAAGCACGUUCUCAGUCUGACUGAUAAUGGAGAGCAGUUCAAAAAUAUGGUCUCUCAGCAGCGCAUAUCUGGCAACUUGGAUGCACCAGAGGGAAGUCUGGAUGCCAUCAUGCAAGUGGUCACCUGCGAGAAUGAGAUCGGCUGGGGGAACAGCACACGUCUGCUGGUGCUGGCCACUGACGACGGGUUUCACAUGGCAGGGGACGGGAAACUUGCUGGCAUUCUAGAACCCAACCAAGAGUCCUGUCAACUAGACAAGAAAAAUAUGUACAGCAAGAGCAACCUUUGGGACUACCCAUCUGUUGGUCAGAUAGCCAGAAAAUUGGAGGAGAAAAACAUACAGCCAAUUUUUGCUGUCACUCAGAAAGUAGCAGAUGUUUACAGAGAGCUGAGCAAACUGAUUCCUAAAUCUGACGUUGGAGUACUCAGUGGAGAUUCAAGCAAUGUUGUGAAUUUAAUUGUGGAUGCUUACAAUAAAUUGUCUUCCAACAUAAUUGUGACCCACGAUACCCUUCCAGAACACGUAUCAGUAACAUACACAACAUGUCAAGGACAGUCAUCAAGCGAUAGGGGCAUCUGUAACAAUGUCAAUAUCGGACAAGAGGUGAAAUUUACUGUGACUGUGAAAGCAUCAAAAUGCAUAGACCUAAAGACCUUUACCAUCGGACCUCUGGGCUUCAAUGAAAAGCUGACGGUUAAAGUAAGAACACGCUGUCAGUGCGAAUGCGACAACAUACGAAACAAUGCAUCCGAGCACUGUAAUAGACAAGGCAGUGUCGUCUGUGGCACCUGCAGUUGCAAUCCACAAUUCCUGGGACAACGGUGUGAGUGCAGCGUGGGCCAUAAGGACGAGGCUGCACUGAAAGCACAGUGUCGUAAAGACAAUGGCACUGAAUGCGAAGGCCGAGGAGACUGUGAAUGUGGGGUUUGUAAGUGUCACCUGACAGAAGGAGGCAGCUCCUACUACGGCCCUCACUGUGAAUGUGAUGACGAACACUGCGAGAAGUACCAGAACAAGCUUUGUGGAGGUAAUGGUGAGUGUAAGUGUGGUCGAUGCAAGUGCAAAGAUGGCUUUGAGGGAACCGCCUGUCAGUGCCAGAAAUCGACAGAGGGUUGCAUCGCCAGAACAGGAGCUGUGUGUCAUGGUCGUGGCAAAUGUGAGUGCAACCAGUGUGUUUGCGAGGGAGGAUACAAGGGCCUUAAAUGUGAGACCUGUCACACUUGCACCUUGCCAUGCCAACAGUCUGGGAGCUGUAUUGAAUGUCUAGGCUUUAAAUCAGGACCUUUUCAAAAGAACUGCCCAUUAUCCUGCGGACACCUUGUGCCUAAUAUAGUAGACAAACUGCUCAAAAGUGACUGUCGAGUGAAAGACCAAGAGGGCUGCUGGAUGUCGUUUACCAUGAAGGAACGAGAUGGAUUUAACAAUUAUACUGUUAACAUCCUCAAGGACAGAGAAUGUCCCGAGGGGCCGAAUGUUGGAGCGAUUGUCGGUGGUUCUCUGGCUGCUGUGGCUUUGAUUGGACUUCUACUCCUUCUCCUCAUCAAGGGUAUCAUCUAUGCAAAAGACCUCAAAGAAUGGAGGAAGUUUGAAAAGGAGCAGCAACGCCGUCAAUGGGCAAAAAGUGAAAAUCCACUUUUCCAAAAAGCAACAACUACUGUUGCAAACCCAACAUUUACUGGAGACUCCUAAAGCAGAAGUGGAACCUCGAGGGAAUGUACAGCAGGGUUGAUGUAGAGAAACGCACUGUGCUUGUUUGCUAUGUCUGAUAUUAUCAAUCCAGUCCUCAAGAAGCCCCAGCCAGAUCACGUUUGUAAGAUUCCUCUAAGAUGGACAAUCAGUGUUCUACACCUGAACUACCGGUAACUACUCUGAAUUAAGCAGCACCUGAUGGCUCAAGGACUGGAUGAAGCUCACACCUGGCUAUUUUUAAGUAUUGUUUUUAUUAAUUAUGCACUGUUUUGUCACAUAUUUUAAUGUUUUAACUCAUGUAAACAUUUUUCUAACUUACCAUUUACAGUAUUGAACCCUUAUUGCACAUAUUGUUGAUGUGAUCUGUUUUGUUUUCAUGGAUUUGUAUGACUGAAAUGUGUAUGUGAAACUCAGUCUUGUACAAUUUAAAUAAAGGUAUAUUACACUUAA